CAACAAGUGUGAUGAUAUGCUCAACAACACAACACAAAUAUUAACAAAAAAGUGAAGUAAAAGCAAAAAUUUUUAAUCUAAUUAGAAAUAAACUAAAAUUAUUUGCAACAGUUUAUUUUAUAUUUUCAAUGGUGUAACGAAAAGUAAAAUCUUACAAACUAAAUAAAAAAGUACCUGAUAACAACACGAAUGGUGGAAUCUCAUUUAUCAUCAGUUAAAUCUAAUUCUUCUUAUUAAGAACGUGACAAAGACUUAUAAGUGUUGACUAAUAAUAAUUACCUAAAUCUCGAAUCAAUUUUACCUCAACAAUGGUGGUAAACACUUCCGUUAUAGCUGAGCUAUGCAUUUAUAUAUUAACAUGGAAUGUGGGUACCCAUCAACCGGGUGACAUAUCACUAAGUGAUAUGUUGUCUCUAAAUGGUACUACUAAAUGUCCUGAUAACAAAUUACCUGACAUGUAUAUUAUGGGCUUCCAGGAAGUCAGUAGUAAACCAAAAAAUCAAUUUAUAAAUAUAUUCCAAGAUGAUCAGUGGACUUUAAAGUUGCGUGAAGAAUUGUCCGAACAUGAUUUCGUUAAAGUGGAAACCGAACAAAUGCAGGGUUUAUUGAUAAAUGUUUGGACGCGUCCCGAACAUGUCUUCCAUAUGCAGGAUAUAGAAACGGAAAAAACAAAAACAGGUCUAGGAGGUUUGUGGGGCAAUAAGGGUGCUGUUAGUGUACGCAUGAGUCUUUAUGGCACGGGGGUAACAUUUAUUGUGGCUCAUUUAGCUGCCCACGAUGAGGAGCUUAAGGAACGUGUCAUAGAUUACAAUCAAAUUGUUGACAAUCAUCAUUAUAAGGCCAAGAGAUAUCGCACCAUAUUCGAUCAUGAUGUAGUAUUCUGGUUUGGUGAUUUGAAUUUCCGUCUAAAUGGUCACGACUCGGCCUGGGAUGUACGCGGAGAUGUUGAAAAUAACCGCCUUGAUAGUCUUUUUACACGCGAUCAACUUUCCAUGGUUAGAGAGGCUGGCAAUGCCUUCGCUUUAAUGGAAGAACAACAACCCACUUUUCCCCCCACCUUUAAGUUUAUAGAGGGAACUUCGGAUUAUGAUCUCAAGCGUAGACCAGCCUGGUGUGAUCGCAUUCUAUAUAGAGUUGUUAAGGAUAAAUAUCCUGAUAUUGAAUUGGAGCUCCAGCAAUUAUCCUACAAAUCUCAUCCUCAAUAUACAUUAUCGGAUCAUAAGCCGGUAACCGCAGAAUUUUUAUAUACCAUCAAAGCCACUACCCAUACCACAGAGGAAAUAUAUGCCAUGACUCAUGGAGGCAGUGAGACACCUCUAUCCAGUGUAAUUAUCCUCAUGUUUUCCUUAUACUUAACCGUGUUUUAAUAACAUUAUUUUUCUCUUUUGUUUUCUUGUUUUUUUUAUUUGUUCGUUUAACACUUUUUGGCUUUCUUCUACUUAACAUUGAUUGGCUUUUUCUAUUCGUUUGUAAGUAGUUCUAUUAGAAAAGAAAUAUUCAUUACACUUGUUUCCAUAAGUUCUAAGCUGUUUUAGCAUUUAACCCUUAAGGCUCGAAUUAUAAAAAAUUUUGCAUAUUUUUAUGUGGGAAUUUCAAAAAAUUUAUGAAAAUUAAUGAUUAAAAAGGGUUAUGCUAAUAGUCUUAGUAUGUAUUAGUGUUAUGGCCAUUAUCAUUACUUUUUAUUAUUUCAUUUAACUACUUAUUUAAUAACAUAUUAACCCUUAAAUAUUGAAAAAUAGACAUUUUGUCAUAUACAUGAGUAAUGAUUUAUAUUUAAGUAUAUCUACAGUUUUAAUGAUUGUGGUCAAAGUAUGGCCUAUUUUGAUUUAACUUUAAGAAGUGUAUUCGGCUAUUGAAGCAAUGUGGCCUCCCUGUUAUGUAAGGAGAAUACCGUCAGGGACUUUGGGUUCACAAGCCUUUUGUGACUCUAAGUGAAUUUGAGUUCGUCCUUAUUACUGUUAGAUUUCGGUAGCUAAAGCAUGACAAUACAAAAGGAUCUGGUAGUCGUACAGAUAAAUCUGCAUCACUGUGAGACAGUUUCAGCCGAACAAAUAGUCUUAAUUUUGAAACAUCGCCAGAGACUGAUACGAUACACAAAUUCUAAAGUCAGAUUUAAAUUCAAUCUUUUAUAUAAUCUUUAUAGUCUCGACUGUAGACGAUUCUAUGCACUAAAGAACAGUUCCACAGUUCUUUAGUUAAUUUUAUGGUCUUGACUAUAGACAUCUCUAAAGUUUUGCUAUAGACUGUAGACAGGUUUAUAGUCUCGACAAUAAACAGUUUCACAGUCUUGACUAGAGACAGUUCUAUAGUCUUGACUAAAGACAGUUCUAUAGUCUUGACUAAAGACAGUUCGAUAGUUUUGACUAUAGACAGUUCGAUAGUUUUGACUAUAGACAGUUCUAUAGUCUUGCCUAUA